AUGUCAUUUCCUCUUGAAUAUCAAAGUAAUGCCAUGUUCUUCCCACAACCUGGCAAUACUUCAGGACAAGACAGAAAAGACCCAACAGCUGGAAGGACAUUUCAAGUUAAGGGAAAUCCAAGUGUAGCUUAUAGAAGGCUAUGGGGAGUGUUAAAUGCGAAUCAAAUACGUCGAGAAGUUCGAGAAAAUCGAUAUUAUGAAAAGCCGACUGUUAAGAGAAAGAGAUUAGCGCGAGAAAGGCAUCGUAAAUUAUUCAAAGAAGCAGUUGCAAAAAAAGUGACAUUGAUCAUGCAAAUGAAACAGAGGGGAAAAAUUCAAGACUCUGUAAAACCAGUUUCGACUGGGGGGUUAAAUCGUCAAACCGCUGUAUAUCGUGAUGCUAAUUUUCACGAUUAUGUCAAUAAUAAUCCAGAUAUUCUUUUGAGUGGAAUUGGAGAAUAUCGAUAUGUGAAAACUUUAGGAGUCGGCAAGUUUAGCCAAGUAAACUUGGCAACGCAUGUGGUGACUGGAGAAGAGGUUGCAGUGAAAAUAAUAGAUAAGACAGCAUAUGAUCAAAGAAUUUUUAAGCGCCUUUAUCGAGAGGCCUUUUUAUUGGAACAAUUGAAUCAUCCGAAUAUUAUACGUUUAUACGAAGUGAUUGAAACAAAACACACUGUAUUUUUAAUAAUGGAAUAUGUUGAUGGCUAUAAUCUGGAAACUUAUCUCGAUUGUCAUCAAGGAUUUAUGGGCGAAGAACAAGCACGAAAUAUUUUUAGUCAAUUGGUUGAAGCUGUCCAAUUUUGUCAUACGAAUCAUAUCGUACAUAGAGAUUUAAAGCCACCGAAUGUUUUAAUAAGUAAAACAGGGAUUGUGAAAUUGGCGGAUUUUGGAUUGGCAAAUAAAUAUAGCGAAGAUUCACGGUUAAUGACAUUAUGUGGGUCAAUGUUAUAUUAUUCACCGGAAAUUGUUUGUGGAUUAAAAUACAAAGGACCCGAGGUUGAUGUCUGGUGCUUAGGUGUACUCUUAUACAGAAUUGUGGUUGGUCGUGAUCCUUUUAAGGCGUCCACAGUUGGAGAAUUGAAAAAGCAAAUUUGUAGUGGUCGAUACCGUAUGCCGAAAGUAUUAAGCGCAGAACUUCAAUCAACCAUUCGAAAAUUACUUAAUGUAGAUGGUUACCAACGUGUUUCCCUUGAUGUUCUCAACAACGAUGCUUGGUUAUAUCCAAUUUCUAUUGGAACACCUAUGUCUACUACAUCAUCGUAUUAUUCCUCAAUCUCAAAUUACCUGGAAGUGAAACCAUAUUCGGUGAAACGCGUCGUCUAUUGUGAUGCGCGAAAAAAUGCAAGAAGUUCACAUGUACCAAAUCAGAUAAACGACGCUUGCCAUGAUAUGGAAUUAAAUCUUUUUCAUCUGAGCCACGAGUUACGAUUCGGAUUUUCAAUUUUACGAAAAUUACGUGCUCGCGAGUUCACUUGCUAUUAUAGCAUAUGUAGACCUACGCCAAUCAACGAGAUUCUAGCGAUUGUCGCUUUUGCAUGUCAAUUACAUGGAAUCUCUUAUACCUACAAAAAUCCAACAUCUCUUGAAUGCGUAUAUCGCCGAACAGUGAACAAAGAACAACGAGUCGAGAAAACCACAUUAUUUGAAAUUUCUUUAAGUGACCCAAGCUUAAAAGGCCAACUUGGCAAAAUAUGUUUUUCGAAACAAAAAGGAAGCGUAAAAGCUUAUAAGCGUGCAUGUGAUGCAAUUGUAAAAUCAAUGAGUGUAGCCGCACAAAACGAAUAA